AGUGGAAAACCGUAUAACUGCAAAAUUGUCUGCUAUCAAAAGAUCAAGGCGAAACUCAAGCGCCAAUACCGAAUUGCUACAAAAAAUUAAUGAUCUCGACCACAAUAUAAGCCUAAUGGGCUACAAAGUUCGUGAAAUCAAAAUGGUGUUGACAGUUGCGACAGUUAUUCCGGCUCUCGGUGGUCCGAGCAUCUUGAUAUUAUUAAUUGAUAAUGAACGAGAAUUAGAUAAAGAGGUAGAAGAGGAGGAAAGUAGUGAUAGUGCUGGACCUAGCAGGACGAGAAAAUAG